CCUGUCCUGCCAUCCAGCACACAUGAAUGGCUGGCAUGUCCUGACAGGUGAUCGGGAUGAUCACACACAAACACUGGAUCACAUGGGCAUUAUCUAUAGAGAUCCUGAGUACCCAAGAUGGGGAUAUAAUCUUCCGAUCACGUCCUGUAUAGAGAGAUCUGAGCAGCGUUAGCAACAGCAGCAUCAUCUGAGUGCCUUCUCCCAGUCUCCUCUCUUCUCCCUGGACAGCAUCAGCAUCAGCAUCCCACUGCCUACAGAGGACCCGACCGCCUAUAGAGGACCCAUAGUGACCCCCAGCACCAUGGUCUGCAUUACAUAAGCCAUCACCAAUCAGGAUUAUGACUCCACAUUAACAAGGCACCACUGCUGCCCAUCGCUGGGACCCGUCUACUACUGGGGGGGUGGGAGGAUUGCAACUGAGAUCGCCAAACGGGGGGGCUUUCCCUGGACUUUCACAGCCGGUAUGGGCCUUUGGAAAAGGUUAGCUGGCCCCGAUUUAGCCCAGGUGUGGGCCGCUUCUUGGAUCUUACUGCUCUUCUCCUGGAGGGGACUGGCCUGUCCGGACUCGUGUACUUGUAACUCUACCAGGAUCGCUUGUGACAAGGCAGCGGCCAUCGGAGCUUUCCCAGUGCUGAAGAACCUCUCCCAGGCUCAGAACAUCACUGACAUCUACAUUGCAAACCAACGUUUUUUUGCCUCAAUCAAUGAAGAUGAUGUUAAGAUUUACACUGGGCUCAGAAAUCUAACCGUGGUAGACUCUAGCCUCAAGUUUGUGUCUCGCCAGGCAUUCCGCAAGAACCUCAAACUUACUUACAUAGAUCUUUCCAGAAAUAAGCUGCCAACUUUAAGUAGAAAACUAUUUCGUCAUCUCUCGUUGACUGACCUACGUCUAAGUGACAAUCCAUUCCUGUGUUCCUGUGAUUUAAUGUGGAUAAAGGCGUUUCAACAGGCAAACUUCUUCAACAUGGACAAGCAGAACAUAAUCUGUUUUAAUGAGAAUGAUAAAAGGAUAGCAGUGAGUGUUAUGCACAUACCCAACUGUGUUAUGCCAAAAGUAAAUGUCAGCAAAAUAGAAGUCAUAGUUCUAGAAGGGAACAGCGCGACAGUGUCCUGUGAAGCCACCGGGAUCCCUGACCCUAAUGUCUCUUGGGACAUAUCCCAGAUUAAGUCAAAUACCCUGAUAGAAACUGUAACACGUGCCGCUUCCCUCAUUUUAAAGAAUGUGACAUCACUGGACAAUACAAAAACUCUGGUUUGUUCAGCAGAAAAUAUUGUGGGAGAGGACCAAGUUGUUGUUGAGCUCAAUGUGCAUUUUCCACCAAACAUCACCCUAAUAGACUAUCCAACUUUGGACCAUCACUGGUGUAUCCCUUUCAGUGUAAGGGGUAACCCAACUCCGAAGUUGCAAUGGUUUUAUGAAGGAACCGUUCUAAGUGAUACAGAUUUUAUUUGGAGUAAAAUUCAUCAAUCAAGCAACAAUAUGAGCGAACAUCAUGGUUGCCUACAGCUGGAUAGUCCAACACACUUGAACAAUGGCUUUUAUACAUUACAAGCAGAAAAUGAAUAUGGAAAAGAUGAGCGCGCCAUUAUGGCUCAGUUUAUGAAUGAUCCUGACAUUGGUGGCCCAAUUACUGACCCUGGAUUUUAUGAUUACGAGACCACCUCUAAUGAUAUUGGAGGAACCAGCACAGACAAUAGCAAUGGAGUCACUUCUACAGAUUACUCUAAUGAAGGGAAUGGAGACAGCAUUACAGUUUAUGUGGUUGUUGGUAUUGCAGCAUUGGUAUGCACUGGUUUGGUGAUAAUGCUUGUUAUCUUGAAGUUUGGAAGACAUUCCAAGUUUGGAUUAAAAGGUCCCUCCUCUGUGAUUAGUAAUGAUGAUGACUCAGCCAGUCCACUGCACCAUAUUUCCAAUGGUAGCAACACACCAUCUUCUUCAGAAGGAGGCCCCGAUGCUGUAAUCAUUGGUAUGACAAAGAUCCCUGUCAUUGAAAAUCCCCAGUAUUUUGGAAUUACCAAUAGCCAUCUUAAACCUGACACAUUUGUUCAACACAUAAAGAGGCACAACAUCGUCCUGAAGAGAGAACUGGGAGAAGGAGCGUUUGGCAAAGUGUUUCUUGCAGAAUGUUAUAACUUGUACCCAGAGCAGGAUAAAAUCCUUGUGGCAGUAAAGACGCUUAAAGAUGCUAGUGACAAUGCACGGAAAGAUUUCCAUCGAGAAGCUGAAUUACUGACAAACUUACAGCAUGAACAUAUUGUAAAGUUUUAUGGGGUGUGUGUGGAGGGAGACCCUCUUAUUAUGGUCUUUGAAUAUAUGAAGCAUGGUGACCUCAACAAGUUUUUAAGGGCCCAUGGACCAGAUGCCGUGCUUAUGGCAGAAGGAAACCGCCAAGCUGAAUUGACUCAGUCUCAGAUGCUUCACAUAGCCCAGCAGAUUGCAGCAGGUAUGGUGUACCUAGCCUCACAGCACUUCGUCCAUCGAGAUUUGGCAACAAGGAAUUGCCUGGUGGGAGAAAACCUCUUAGUGAAAAUUGGAGACUUUGGAAUGUCUAGAGAUGUGUACAGUACAGAUUAUUACAGGGUUGGAGGACACACUAUGCUGCCUAUUCGUUGGAUGCCUCCUGAGAGUAUCAUGUACAGGAAAUUCACAACAGAAAGUGAUGUCUGGAGUCUAGGAGUGGUACUAUGGGAAAUUUUCACCUAUGGAAAACAACCAUGGUACCAGUUAUCCAAUAAUGAGGUGAUUGAGUGCAUAACACAAGGUAGAGUCUUGCAGCGACCUCGCACUUGUCCGAAGGAAGUCUACGACCUUAUGUUGGGAUGCUGGCAGAGAGAGCCUCACAUGAGGCUGAAUAUCAAAGAAAUCUAUAGCCUACUUCAGAACUUGUCCAAGGCAUCCCCUGUAUACCUUGACAUUCUUGGCUAGACAUUCCAGGUGUCACCUGUAUGGGCUUGAUGAAUGAAUGUGGUGAACGGCCGCUGAACUCCGUGAAAUGUGUUAUAACCUCUGACAGUAUUAUUAACAAAGAUGCUGAGAAGCUAUCAAAGGGCAAGCAACACAAACUUCUCCAUCUGUACAAUACACAGUAUUGAUAUUUGCCAUUAAUAAGUUGUAUCUUUUUAUUCUGAGCCUAAAUCUUCUUUUACUCUUACUCCUCAGUCUAUGUUUGGUUGUGUCUCACAGUUCCUCUUUCUACAUGCUUAUGCCUUUAUGUAACUCAGCAUACAUAGACAAAGGCCUUAAAACCUUAUCUGUUAAUCAGCUGGCACGCAUGUCUGUCCACCACAUCUAACAAUGCCUUCUUGUAUUCCUGCCUUUGAUGUGGAUGAAAAAAGGGAAAAAAAUAUUGUAUGACACGGACAUGACGACUUCUUCUGUACAUACGUAUAGACUUUAUAUUGACUGUCGCUCACUUCUACGUUUUUGGCUAUGUGCACUACCAAGAAACUUUUUGGACAUCAUGAGUAUGUGAUUGCUGUAUUAAGGAGACAUAACAAUGGAGUCAAGUUUAACCAUCUACCUAAAGCAAUUUGAGGAAACACAAUCAAUGCAUAUGAGAAGAGAAUAAAUCCACCAUGCUCUCUGUGGCUAGUCCUCUAUCACCAUAUUGGCCAUGAUAAAAAAAACAUUUGUUUCCUGUUUGUAACAACCUACCAUAGUUGUAGUCAUCUUCUUUCUUAGUAAAGUAAAACAGUAUUAGAAGAGAUACUACUUGUUUUCAGAGACUGAGAUCAUCACAGUGUGAUGGUAAAUGUAUCUGACAGUGUGUUCAACAGACAAUCUCUCAUUCACUGGUUUACUAUGCCCCUAUAUGCAGGCAAUACUAGUAAAGAGUGCAUGUGAUGAUUGCAGCCUGUGAUGUCCAACAUGCUUGGGUUGUUUUUUGAUUGGAGUCUGGCAAUUGUGCUAAGGUGUUUUAAAAAUUGAUAGCCUUGUGUAAGGCAGUCUAUUACUUGUCCUCUGUUCUGGUAACAGAGUCAGUAGGAAAUGGCACAACCAAAAGAUGUCUUGAGUGCACAUUCAAUGGUUGGUCGGCUACAUACAUCUUUAUUUAUUUUUUUAUUUUCAAUCUGUGGGCUCAGGAUUGAAGUUUAUAUUUCUCUAUAUUAGAUUGUAAAAAGAGGAAAAACGUUACACAAAUGUGUCAGCCUUUCUAAAGAUAGUUGUGAUGUUAUACUCAGAGGCAGCGCAUGUUUAUCUAUGUUACCGGCAUGAUGUGUCCAACUAUUGAAAGAUGUUCCCAGAUAUAUAGGCAAGAGAAAAGCCUGUAUCACAGUUACAUAUGCCAAAGUGUAGAGAACGAUUGUUCUGGUGAGGCCCUGUUUUAGCUUUCAUGCAGUCCUCUCUAGAGGGGUCAGUUAUUGAAGAAUGUAGUUGCACAGUAAUGAAAACUACCAUUUGUACAGGUUCUUGUAAAUAAAUACUGUAUGUUGACAAAACUGGUAACUGUAAAAUAUAUUUGAGAUUAAAAAAAAAAUGAUAUGAGUAUUAGCCGCUACA